AUGCUUCUAGGCAACAAUUUCUGUCCGGCGCCAUGUCCCGACUAUUACGAGCCGAUUCUGCAUGUCAUCGGCGCCAUCUCGACGAUGCUCAACGUGUUCGGCAUCUAUUUGACGAUGUACCGAUCGACGCACAAAACCAAGUAUCGCUUCUGUCAGCUCUACGUCCAAUUGACGGCGUUCUGCACCGAAUUCGAUCUUUCGAUUAUCAAUCCCGCCUAUUUCUAUUUUCCGAUGAUCGGCGGUAUCAAUUGCGGAAUGUUUCGGCAUUUUCAAGUCAAAUAUGAGAUCAACUCGCAUUUUUGUAUUACAAUUUUCGCCUUGUUAUUUUCGCUUCAAACGCCUUCCAUGGUCUCCUGCUUCUUAUAUCGUCAUUUUGUUGCGGCUCGAUGCUCGCCGGCCUCAAUAAUGGCGCAGAAAAAAUAUUUAAAUUUUUUAAUGAUGAUCAUAUUUCAUUUAUUUCCGAUUAUGAUAACAAUUAGCUUAUACAAAUCGCGAUUGACAAUGGAGGAAAAGAGGGCUUCAAUCGAUUUGAAUUUUCCCGACUGCGUCGGCGUUUUCGACGAAUUCACAUUCGACAUGUAUGAUUAUAAUGUGAACUCGAACUUCCUCGUAUUCGUGGCGUUCGUUUCCGCAUUGAUCGUCGCGUUUUUCGCGUGCUCGGGCUAUUUGACGUGGCGAACGGUGAAAAUUCUCAAAACGUAUCGAACGAUUAUAUCAACGAGGACAUAUCGAAUGCAGAGAGAGUCGCUCGCAGCGCUGAUUGCACAAGUUUGUUGA